CAUCCCUAUACACCUCUGGACACAUCCUACAAAUUACCUAUUUCUACUUCAUCUACAAUGGGGCUGGAGAGGAGACAGGACUGGCAUCUAACUAGUGCUGGCAUUGGGCAUGAUUACAGGGCUCAGGUUCCCUUUCCCCCUCCACAUAUCAAGUCAUCCAUCUUUGAGCCACUGCCAGCCCCACUACAACAAAGCAGUGAAGUGACAGCCUAUGAUGAGUUGCUGAAUACAUAUGAGACAACCACUGGCAGCACACAUAACAGGAAGUAUCCGGGGGGCAUGUUUUCCCAGCCCAGUCACCCUCUUCCUCCUCCACACUGGAAGGUCCAUUACAACAAGGACUUAUGGGACAAGCUGAAGGUGAGGGCAUGGAGGACUCCAGAAAAGUCUUGCAGUGAGAUGAAAGCACAUUAUCAGGGACGUCCAACUCAGCCGACCUACAGCACCUUCCACUCAGGACCACAACCUUUCCCAUUGGAGAAUCAUCUGAAUAAGGGGCCAUCACAGUCAAUAGUUGCAACUACAGAAAAUCAGGGCUUGGCCGGAGAAUCAUACUACAUCAGAGAUGGUGGAGUCUUGAGUUUAAAUGACAUUUAUGCAUCCACUACCAUGCGGGAUUUUAGAGCAUUUACAGCGAAAGAACUAGAGGGAUAUCCCAAAAAAGAUAUCUUGACAUACUGGCAGGCAGAGGACUACCCUAAGGUUUGGGGGCAUGGAUUGAAAGAGAACCCCUUCCCCAAGGAGGCUCAACCAACACUUCGUCAUCCACCUCCCAUGCGUGACAGCAUGCAGUUCCCCACUGGCACAAAAUUGCCACGAAUUCCACCUCGUGCAAGAUCUGUCCCUCACCGUGGACUUAAAACUCUGGUCCAGGAGAGCUAUCAAUGGCCUUUGGAUGUCAAGAGGUCACAUGAUGUUUAUUUCCCACUGGAAUGCCCCUGGACCAUGCCACACACAGGGCCUCUACCAGAGAUCAUGUCUGUGCCCAAGAUGUAUGGAACAGAAUAUGAAACAUAUGGCAGUAAGCAACCAGUUGCUGUGUGACUUCAGAUGCUAGUAAAGAAUCAUUUACAACAUAGAAACAAAGAAAUUAAU